AUGUUGAGCUCAUCGGCUUUCAGAGGUAAACCUAACGAAGACCCGAUCCCUCACUUGACUCGAUUCAAGCUACUAUGCCAGUCAGUGAGGACAGUCCGCGGAGUUACCGAUGAGUCUCUCAUGCUCAUAGCCUUUCCAUUCUCCUUAAUGGAUACUGCUCUGGAAUGGCUCUACACACUACCUCCAGAUUCCAUAUGCUCAUGGGAACAGAUGCAAGAAAAGUUCAUGCAGCGGUUCUUCCCCGCUAGCAAGACCCAGCUCGCGAAACAACAAAUUAACUCAUUUUUGCAGGAACCUGAUGAAUCCUUACGUGAAGCUUGGGAUCGCUUUCAAGGAUACCAGAGAACAUGUCCUCACCAUGGAUGGGAUAAAAGGUACCUUAUUUCCACUUUCUUGCAGGGAUUAAAGGAGGACACUCGGGUUCUUAUUCGAGUAGCAUGUGGAGGAAGCCUCAACGAAAAGUCAUUCGACUUCAUAGAGCAACAGAUCAACAAGAUGGCCAAUGAGUGUGCUCGCUCUCACGAGUUUAUCAGAAACGUUAGCCUCAAAGAAAGUCGUGCAGGUAAGGAAAGUCUAUCUGAAAUUCAGGCAUUACGUGCAGAAUUGGCAAAACUUAAAAUGCAGGUUGAGAAUGCCCAUCAGAUCUCAGACUUAGACACAUCAGCCAACGGGUAUAAGAUCGAAGACGCCUACUAUGUAGAUAACAACCUGUACUCGAACGUGUCCAAUUCGGGGUGGAAGAAUCAUCCAAACUUCUCGUACACGAAUUCUUCCAACGUCUUGAAUACUCCCCAUGGAAAUUUCGGUGGUCCGUCUAAUCAAGGUCUUUCUCAAGGACAUCAACCUCGACCCCGAUCUCUCCAACAACAUCAGAAUCAGGCCGUUCAACACUACCUAGCGCCUUUUCAAUCUCAGCAGAAUUACGCUCCGUCUCCGCCUCCACCACAGGUAGAUUUUGACCUCGAUCUUAAGUCUAUGUUCACACAGCUUAUGCAGGGUCAAGAAGUCAUUCGCACCGAGAUGCGUGAACAUCAACAGAAGACCGACGCCCAUUUCAAGCUUAUCGAUAAUCAAAUAGCUCAACUUGCUGCCUCUAUACCUUCGCGACCUCAAGGAUCACUUCCAGGUAAACCCGAGAUAAAUCCUAGAGAGCACUGCAAUGCAGUGUUCUUAAGAAGCGGGAAGCAACUUGAGGAUGUCGUCCCCCCUACUCUUGAAAAAGGUGAGUCUUUUUACUCUAGAUCUGCGAUCACCUCUAACAUUCAGUCUGCAGAUACUCCAGUUAAGAUGACAUGUGAGGAAGAACCAAAGUAUGUUCCUCCACCUCCCAGACCUCCUCCAGUUCCAUUCCCUUCACGACUUGUGCAACAAAAAGAGGCCAGCCAGUUUAAGCGCUUCACGAACAUGAUAAAGAAAUUGGAGGUCACAAUACCUUUUCAUGAGGUAAUCACUCAAAUGCCCUCUUAUGCCAAAUUUCUCAAGGAUAUUCUGGCUAGGAAGAAGACACUGGAGAAGGAGACAAUAGCAUUAACCAAAGAGUGCAAUGCCAUUUUUCAACAUGAUCUGCCCCGUAAGAUGGCAGACCCAGAUUCAAGCAUGCCUAUCAUUCUAGGGUGUCCCUUUCUCAACACAGCAGAUGUCGUCAUCCACGUCAGAGCGGGUCGUCUUACUAUGUCCAUUGGAGACGAGACAAUAGAAUUCAUACUAAAUCAAAAGGACAAUCCAGACGAAAGUGUGAAAUCUAUUUGUUCAGUUUACAAGCUCAAAACGCCUAAGAACCAGGACCACAGACACAAGGUUAGGCGAGGACCGGAUCCAGAUAGGACAAAAGGUAAGACAGAAGCUAACAUGGUUGGGCAGGUCACUUACUCAUCAAACCAUCGUGAGAACUGGCUCGAAUCUCAUGCAUCACCACCAGAUUUUUCUCUACUAGGUUGGCAGAAGAGUGUGAAAUCUAUUUGUUCAGUUUACAAGCUCAAAACGCCUAAGAACCAGGACACAGACACAAGGUUAGGCGAGGACCGGAUCCAGAUAGGACAAAAG